AUGGAGAUUUCAUAUCACAGAGCGUUAAAGAUAACAGAUCUUGAAACAGUUUACUCUCACAAAUACAGCCACACUCUAGCCAUACAUUCAGUUUUACAGACAGACGGCGAGUCUUUGCAUCGACGUGAUUCUGUUUCAGGUGGAUUUCUAGGCGACAUCGCCCUGCCUAACAUCAAAUACGAGACCGAAUGGCGACAGCAAAAGCUCAACAAGAGUUACCUGGAAGAGCUGGAGAAGUACCGGGACGAAGUCCUGAAAGAGGGUCUUCAGGUCGAGGAAGAGGGUCUUACAGAGAUCCUUCAAUUUAAAAAUGAGCACAACGCUAACGAGCCGCAUCAGGAGAACGAGGAGAUGGUCGCUUCUCGAGAGAAAUCCGAACCAAUUAUGGUAGACCGGAAUCAAUACAGCAUGGACGGCGAGCUCGAGGGUGGAUUCAGUUUUAACGCGAGGAACGAAGACGCCAGGCCUGGGGUGAGGGACGAAGGCGUCGAAUUCAGGCUAGAAUCGACCAGUCCGCCAACGAAAAAGAGGCACUCUGCUCGAAAACAAGGACGCGAAGCCUCGCAAACGGCAUCGAACGCUACAAAAUCGAUGCAGACGUUUUUGAGAACGUCUCAAGAGUUGAACGCGUUUCCCACCACCACCGAGAACGCGAAUCAAAUAAAAAACAUGAACGUGGAAAACGUCGAGGAAGUGUUCACCAUCCAACCGGAAAGCAGCACGCAGAACACAUCGAAACGGCGUCAUCGUCGUCAUCAUCGUAGAAGGCAGAAUUGAAAUUUCACGAUGACG